CACAUCGCAACUUUACCAAUAAGUGUAGAAUGUAGAUUAUUCAAAUUAUGUAAAAAUAGACCAAAGUAGGAUUUAUUGGGUGGUUCUAUAGGAGAUGCCUACAAGUAGAAAUGUUGCUUUUACUUUUCGUGGAUUAUUCAUUCACUGACUCGAUUAUUUUAUUUAUAUCUAUUUAUUUUGGUUGGGGGUGGACCAUUGAAUCUGUGGUGCAAAUUUGUGGUAGACUAGAAUUAGUUAUAGUAAUGAGAUUGAUGUGGAGAUUUUCUAGGUCUUUAAUCAUUCAAUACCUAGGAUUUAUAUUCUUGUGCCAAUCCUAUGAAUCUGCUUAUUAAGUUCUGUCCGUGCUUCAAAUUCAUGCAUCAGAAACAUUUGCCCAUCAAAAUCUUAUUAUUACUUAUAUCACCUUUUCUAGAAAUAAACAAAUACAAGUACUUUUUUUAUCACCUAACUUGCUGCUAUUGCUGGUACAACUGUUCAUGACAUUGCAUGUUUACUCCCCCUUUAGCACAGUGAAUCAUAUUUUAUUAUCAUUGUGUUUCCUGUUUCCUUCUGUAUAGAAAGUCACAGAACUUUUCUUCUCGUUUUGUUUUUUAUUUUAUUUUAUAAAUUAAGUUCUUGAUCAUGUUGUCCUAGAAUUUCAACUGCAGGGAUGUUUUGGAGUUGAAGGAGGUUGUUCAAAUUAAAGAUGAGGGUAGAGGCUUAUAUUCUGCAUUUUGAUGCAUUCUAACCAUGUUUAAAUACCGAAAUAGCUUACUUAGAAAAAGAAAAUCCUAAAUGCACCCUGUUUUCUAUUCAACCUUUUGAUAUAUGGAUUCAUUUACCCCACUACUAUGUUUAUCUGCUGACCCUCUUUUUUUCUUAAUGCUUUGUACCUUAUUUGCCAACUACAAGUCAAGCUAGAAGAUAUGUAGCCCCAAGACCACCAUUGUGGCAAUUGGUGAUUUAGAUUUGAGAGGGAAGAUUAGAACAUCAAGGUCUAUCCCCUAGUUGAUUCCUCAGCUGAAUUGAGAUUUGAGAGUAAAGAUUAGCCUCUUCUUGUCGUUGCAUUGUCAUAUGUUGUUGCUUUGUUGUAUGUUGCCAUAUGUUGGUUGUUAUGUACUGCAGCUGGUUUAUGAGAUUGUAAAAAUGAAGCCGGAGCUAAGCCUCUCUCUCAAAAGCAGGUUUCAUCUGAAAAGCAGUGGGUUCUUGCAACAAGUAUCUCUGAAGUUGAGGAUUGUUGUCAGUGUGCUCCAGGGAAGAUUCAUCAGUAGUUGGUGGUAAAAGUUGUGGCUUAUCCCCCCAGCAAUCUGACAACCUUGCAGAUGGAAGCCUGCAUCACUGGAGUAAAAAAAUAUUUUCAAGAAGAUAGAUGCCUAGCAAUCAAUAUAAAAACAGGGUGGGAUUUGCUGGUGUUGAGAAGGAAUUGAAGUGGCUGAAAUCUGCCUUCUCUUCUUCCAAGAAUGAAAAUCGGCAUAUACAGGGAAAAUUGGAUGAGGUUUAGAUGGACUUGAACCAGGAAAGGUAUCAUCUGAAAAACAGUGGGUUCAUGCUACAGAAGUAUCUCUGAAGUUGAGGAUUGCUGUCAGUGAGCACCGGGGAAGAUUCAUCAGUAGUUGGUAGUAAAAGUUACCGCUUAUCCCCCCAGCAAUCUGACAACCUAGCAGAUGGAAGCCUGCAUCGCUGGAGCAAUAAAAUAUUUUCAAGAAGAUAGACACCUAGCAAUCAAUCUAGAAACAGGGUGGGAUUUGCUGGUGCUGAGAAGGAAUUGAAGUGGCGGAAAUCUGCCAUCUCUUCCUCCAAGAAUGAAAAUCAACAUAUACAGGGAAAAUUGGAUGAGGUUUAGAUGGACUUGAAAGAGGAAAUGUGCUUGUCGUACUUUUUACCUUUCAGACUCAUGUUUUUGAAGUCUUUGCUCCCUUCCCUGAGGACCUUGCUCAUAGAUCCCUUAUUCAAAUGGAUUUUUUUGUUUUUGUUUUUAGGUGCCAUGUUGGAUUGCAGUUGUCUUGAUAUGAUAUGAUAAAUGCCUUGAUCGGUGGCUGCCCCUGGAGGGUUAUAUGUACUGACUAGGUCCUUGCCCAAGCAUGGCAUGUGAUUUGAAAUGGUCAUUACAUAUGCUUGUGAAGAAUGAGUAGGAUUCUUUCCUUUUCAGUGAGUUUACUAGUUUUGAAUUUCACUUAAUUUUUCCUCUAGAAAUGUAGAAGUGAGAGGAACAAGCUUGGUGAAGAGCACUGAAGGAGUUAAACAGUGAAGUUGCUGAAAAGAGUUCUGAAACUGGAAAGGCUGCGAUACAGAAACUCCGGGAUGAAAUCAAGGACUGCAAGGCUAUUUUCAGCUCUGGCGCAUGUUUUAAUCAGCUCAAGAAGAUCUAGGAGAAAACUAGUCAAUCUAAAAAUGAAGAAGGAUUCAGAGUUCAGGGUCCAUACUUUUUUCCCGGGGGAAGGAAGUAAAAGUUUGUCAGAAUUGGAGGAAUCCAUCAAGGAAACUAAGAUUCUAGAGGCUAACCGUUUGUGCGAGCUUCAAGAGGCACAGGAGAAAAAUCUAAUCCUUUCAAGACAAUUGCAAAAUCUUCAGGAUAACGUGAAGGAUGAGAAGAAUGUUUUUUCCUCCCAUUUGUAUACUUCCUUGAAUGACCAAUUCCAAUAUUGGAAUACUAAAGUAGAAUGGUAUAAAGGAAUCGUGGACUCCCUGCAGGCUGGCAGGUCUUCUGUACUCAGAAGGGAGAAGGAAUUAAGUAGAGAGGCAGAAUUGCUGCAUGCUGCUCGGAAUGAUAUUAUCACUUCUGAGUUUAAAGUUGAAGAACUAAGGACUCAAUUGCAUAACUGCAUUAUACAGAAAAAUGCGCUAGAGAUUAAAAUGCAAGAAGCUUUGCAAGAUUCUGGUAGAAAAGACCUUGAAGCUGAAUUUCAUGUGAUGGCUUCAGCAUUGUCUAAGGAACUGGGAAUGAUGGAAGCUCAGCUGAAGAUUUGGCAGGAAAAAGCUCUUGAAGCCAUUUUUUUAAGAGAAAAAGUCCAAUCAAUGAAAGUUUUAUUGCAUAACAUGAUUGCUGAAGAGAAGAGCUUGACAGAUACGUGCGCCCAACAGGAUGCAAAGAUUAAAUCCCUAAAAGCACAUAUAGAGAAGUUGCAAAAGGAAAAACUUGAAUCAGAAUUCCAAAUUGACAUGCUGGGGCAGCAGAUAUAUGACAACAGAGAAAUAAUGGACAUCAAAGAAUCAGAACAGAGAGCUCGCUCACAUGCUAGACAUUUGAGAAGUGCUCAGAAUGAACAUCCUUUGGAAUUGAGACUAAAAUUUGCCAAGGAAGCUGAAGCUAUUUGCCAAAGAAGGCUUUCUGCUGCUGAAGCUGAAAUAGCUGAUCUAAGGGCUGAGUUGACUGCUUCUGACAGAGAUGUUUUAGAGUUGAAGGAGGCUAUUAAAAUUAAAGAUGAGGAGAGAGAGGCUUAUGUUUCUAUACUCGAGACUAAGGGUGAAGCAUAUGAAGAUAUGGUGGCACAAACCCAACGUUUGAGGCAGCUAGCGAGUGAAAGGGAAGCUUAUAACGUGAAGUUAAUUGAUGAGAUUGUGAAAUUAAAGAAGGAGCAUAGCCAUUUACUCCCUGAAAUCCAGGGAUCAUCUUUGAAGUUGAGGACUACUGCCAUUGAACACCAGGUGGGAGCUUGCAUCAACGAAGAACUAAAAUCUACUAAAGAAGGUAGACUCCUUGGAGUUAAUCUGGAAACUGCAGUGAGAGAAUUGGAGGAUGCUAAGAACGAAACGGACUGGCUGAAAUCUGCAAUCUCUUCUUCUGAAAAGGAAUAUGAAGAAAUACAAAGAAAAAUAGACGAAGUCAAAAUGGAGUUGGAAAAGGAAAGAAGUGAAAGGAAAAAUCUUGAUGAAGAGCUGAAGGAGGUAAACAAUGAAGUUGUUGAAAUGAGUCCCCAAGUUAGAGAGAUACAGAAACUCCACAAUCAAAUCAAGGACUGCAAGGCUAUGGUCAUGUGUGGUGCAUGUCUUACUCGGCCAAAGGAGGUUGUGAUUAUGAAGUGCCAUCAUCUAUUUUGUAGUCCAUGCAUUCAAGGUCUUCUAGAGACAUGGGGUUGCAAGUGCCCUAAUUGUGGAAUUGUGUUUGAGCCAAAUGAUGUUCGGCUUAUAAAGAUGUAACUGUGCAUUUCCGGGCAAUUGGUUUUGGGCAUUAUUAUCAAGGUCUUCUUGAAGCCUAGGAUUUAUUUGAUAUUUUUAUGGAUUGUGAUAUAUUGAAUCUUGGAGGAACAAAAGAGAAUUGAUGUAUUUUCCCUUUGGUUUGUUUUCUCAAGUUAUAAGUGCUAGGCAUAUUAACAUUGUAACUUUGC